CAGUUACAUCUGUAUUCGUUCGCAGGAAGACCCAAGACCCGUGUGAUCCAGGAGUCGGCGAAAUUCAGUAUGAUUUCCUCCUUUUCUUGAUGUUCAUUUGUGAGCUCCGUGCGUCCAUCGCCGUUGCUUCAGCGAUCUAAGGAAAACCGAAAACCAAUCGAUCGAAGAUGGUUUUAACUCGGCAAGCUUGCAGUGCAAGCAACGAGGAUUUCGGUCUACGAGAAUGCACGAUCACCACUCGUUCAUCGAGCCAAAAUGCUAACGCAGGAUCGGUUUUACCGAAGAAGAACUUGUUGGAUCUUCCGGCGGAAAUUCUGAUGAAAAUGCUGGGUUUCCUGCCUAUGAAGAAAGUUUCCGAAAGUCGAAUGGUUUGUCGAAGAUUCAACGCUAUUGGAGGAGAAUUGCUGACUAGCACGUUCCAGCGAUUGCAGCUGUACGUACUGAAACGGUUCAACUGUAUAAAGCACCAGAUGCCUCGUAGGGAAAGUGCCCGAAGAAAUCAUCCGAGGGCCAGAGAAGCAGAUAUCAUGGAAACCUUAUCCAUGCGCUUGUCAUUGCUUCAAAUGGCUUUCGGCCGUCAUAUCCAGAAGGGGAAUAUUUGUUUUUUCCCCGGAGAGAUUUUGGAUGAAGUUCAAAGGAUCCUGACUUGCAUUAGUGCAACGCCAGAAAUCUCUAAAGCGUACAAGAUUACUGAGGAACUCUACGAUCUUUCGGCGAUGGCCAUGGAAUAUUUCAAGGAGAAGUUGGAGCCGACUUUGCCGGAAAUAUCGUACUUCAACACUGAAUUCACUUAUUGGGAUGAUGAUCAUUGUGAGUCGAGUGGGUCCACGUUGCCGCCACCUGCGAUAUUCGGGGAAGGUCCAUCGCACCCGGGAUUGGUACCUAUGCCAUUACCGAUGGCCCCACCACCUCCUAUUUCCUGGCGAGAUGAAACGGAGUCUAUCUCAUCUGACGUGACGUCAGCGUCUAGCAAUAAUGCACCUGCUUCAGACGUUGUUAUGAAGCGCAGUUUUCGGCGGAUUCGCUUGGGAAUGCAGAAAAAUAAUCUCGAGCUGAUUCGACUUCGGAAAGAUUUGAAGACUUGCAAAGCUCGAGUGUCCAGUCAAAAGAAACUUCUGAGUAAGUAUCACACUCGUCUGGACGAGUACGACAAGAAGUUCGAAGAAAAUACGAAGAAAUUCAGCACGUUGAUCCAGGAAUUAAACAAAUGCAAAACGGAGCUUCAGUAUUGGCGUGCCAAGGCGCCCGUGGAGCAAACGAAAGAAUGCGAAAACUGCGGCCACGUCAUGGUCAACACGGCAAUGGUCUGGGAAACGGAUCCGAUCGAGGACUCGAAAGAUCGUCGCGCCUUGGCCCACCAAGGCAUCAUCAUCGACAAGCCCUCAAGCUCUGACCUGAUUUCAGCGAGCCUCAGUGCCUCGUCCGAGACUGAAGAGUUGGACAUCGCUGUUGCAACUGCGUUGUCGUCCAUUAGUUCUGCCGAAUCCGAAGAAGACGCGUCCGAGACGGAAGAAGAGGUCGUGACCAUGGUCAGCCCUGGGAAGGCGACGCGAGGCGUCAAGAAGGCGGCUAUGUUGGGGAAGCGCAAACGGAAGGCGGUGGACUUGGCACAGCCUUCGUGCUCUCAUCACCAGUUACCGCCGCCAUCGGCCUCUGUGUCUGGCAAAAACCUGCGCCACAAGGCCGGGAAGCAGCCCGUGGCCAAGAUGCCGGCUGGCAAGCGUGUCAAGCUGUAAAAAUCGCAGGGAACGCGAUCCUGAGGAGUAAACAUACACGCACGUGAAUGGCUCUUUUUUGCGAUCAGUUUUCUUCAUAAUUUCCGGAGUUUAUCACUCCUGUGUUUCUUCUGAUAAGAUUUUCUGUUGCAAGUGAUCACUCAUUGAAAUCAUUUCGUAUUUACACGAGUAUAAACCAGUUUCUCGCUUUCGAAGAUAAGAUACUAUUGCGCAUUAGAAUCAGUGACAAAUUAGAUCAACAUAAUCUAGUUUUACCUAGAGUUCGAGAAGUAUUCAUCCAUUCGAAUGUUAUCUGUAAGUGACGUCGUAGUAUAACUGUAUAACGUUGCAUGCACUUCUUACGUACGCUUAAGAAAUUACUAGAGGGAGUCAAUGUUUGUGGGUUGUUAUAGCAGUGCCUGUAAUUUUAAAAUUGGUACUCGUUUUGUUCCAUCUUCUAAUAUCAUUUCUGGUUAGAGGGUAAUGCUUCGGGUAACUUUUCCCUGGAAAAAUUGGAACGAUUAUUUCUUGUUCUGAAGUCGAUGACAUCUUGUACUGGAUACGCUUAAAUAGAUUUGUUCUUCGAAAGUGCUGAAUUUUGAAACGCCGAGAUAGUGUGGACCCAA